UAUGAACCAGUGUAUCGUAGUGGAGUAGUUCAUAUGAGCCGAAUUGUGUGGAACAUAUGUUUUUGAGAAGAAAUAUAUAAAUGCCGGUGUUUUGUUGUGAAUAAUGCCACCAAGUAAGCUUGAUAGCAUUUACAGGCGUAUGCUAAUAACAAAAUUCUUCGAAAAAGGAUGGGGUAAACCAGAAAACUUGCGGAGAGUGUUUCAGUUCAGAAAAAUAAUAUCCUGCAGAGAUACGUGCUUUAAGCUUGUACCCCGUGACUAUCCAGUUGACAUUAUAAAAAAAACUAAAUAUUCAGAUUUUACCUUAAUUGAAGGUAAAUUUAUGACACCGCUUGAACUACAUUUACCUGGUGUCGUGCCUGAAGCUGCACAGCAAGCAUAUUUUCAAUUUAUAAUACCUAAUAAAUGGAAGCAUGAACAGUUUAAACCAAUUUGUAUUCAUUUGGCAGGAACGGGAGAUCAUUUUUUUUGGCGAAGAAGGAAUUUCAUUGCUAAGCCAUUACUGAAAGAAGCAAAUAUUGGAUCAAUAAUACUUGAAAAUCCCUUCUAUGGAGUUCGGAAGCCAGAUGACCAAAUACGGUCCAAUUUACAUAAUGUUUCAGAUAUAUUUGUAAUGGGAGGUUGCCUCAUUUUGGAAUGUCUUGUUCUUCUACAUUGGUGUGAAAGAAAUGGAUUUGGUCCUCUUGGAAUCACUGGGUUGUCGAUGGGAGGUCAUAUGGCUUCAUUAGCAGCAACAAACUGGCCAAAGCCCAUAGUACUCGUUCCAUGUUUGUCUUGGUCCACAGCAUCGGCUGUUUUUACUACCGGCGUAAUGAGUCAAUCCAUUAAUUGGGAUAUGUUGGAAACGCAGUAUUAUUCGGAUGGACAAUAUAGAGAACGACUAUCUAAAAUGGUUACAGUUAUUGACGAUGCUUUUACGGCUGGACAAACAUUUAUACAAAAUUUUAAUCAAUCACUUCAUGAGCUAAAGGAAGAUAUUAUUGACACGAGAAAAAUUCAAUCUCGUGAGAAUGAAAUAGGUACACAUAAAGUUGAAGGCCAAAACAAUAAUAUAGAUAAAGGAAAUAAUUCAAUUUUUUUAUUGAGAUCUGUAGCUAAAAACAAAGUUGAUUCCAACAAUUUAACUUUGCCGAAAAAUAAUGUUUCAAGUAUCAAUCAAAUUUCAGAAAUAUCAGAUUUAACAGAUCGAUCAACAUUAACCAAGCUAAUGAAAUUGAUAUUACCGACUGCGACACAUCAUAGAAGCAGAAAAAUUGAUAUUACUAAAACUAAUUGGUGGGAAAGAGAAGCUUUACAAUUUAUGAGAGGCAUGAUGGAUGAGUGCACGCACUUAAAGAACUUUUCAGUUCCGUUCGAUACUUCCCUAAUCAUAGCAGUCUGUGCAAGAGAUGAUGCAUACGUACCUCGUGAUGGAUGCUCGAGCCUUGAAGAAAUAUGGCCUGGAGCUGAAGUUAGAUAUUUGGAUGCUGGUCAUGUUAGUGCUUAUGUCUUGCACCAAAAAUUAUUCAGAUCCUGUAUUAUCGAAGCAUUUAAUAAAGCUAAAAGGAUAUAUGGAACUGAUGUCUGUAAUAAUUUGUCCGCAGCUAUAAAAUGAUCAAAUUCAGUCAAUUCGUCUGUUAUCUACAUAUAAAUUUAUUGUUGAUUAGUUCAUUUAAAAUUUUGUUAUGUAUUUCCGUUUGUGUAAAUACACAAGUAAAAG